CAUAUACCCAUAAAACACACAAAAUUAUUUGAUUCCUCAUUAUUCUUCUAAAAAGUCAAAGCUUGAGUUUCAUCAGUAAAAUGGGGCUAACUUCAACACCAUGGUCGAAUUUGCCUUCAAUAUUGAGCAUCAAAAGAUCCAAAUUAUCUCUCUAUGGUGCAGUGUACCCCUGUUCAAGCUUGCCUUCAUCAUCUUCUUCUUCAUUGCUUCUAAGCUUUAAAAGAUGCAAGUUGGUAUCGAGGAGAUCCUUUGGAACUUUUGUACAGAAAAGGAGCAGCAUGAUAGUACAUUGCAGCCAGCUUAAGGUGGAAGAAGACAAAGACGCGGAUGCUUGUGAGUUGGUGAAUGGAUCAGAGCUUAGAAUAGGGGAAGGCGAUGAUACAAUUCAUGCCUAUCUCUUCAAGGCCGUCAAGAACAACAAUGGAGCUGGCAUUCUACUCUUGUCAGACAUAUUUGGGUUUGAGGAUUCCUACACUAGAGACUUCGCCUAUCGUGUUGCCUGUGGUGGCUACAAUGUCUUAGUGCCAGAUCUUUUCCGUGGGGACAAAUGGUCGAAAAACCGACCACAAGCUCAAUUCAAGCAAUGGCUCAGCAAUCAAGAUCUCAAUAGGGUUGCAAAAGACAUUACAACAUCAACCAAAUGGAUGGUCGAUGAGUUCAUGCCUGAUGAAUCAUCUAGAAAGCUCGGGAUAAUAGGAUUCUGUUAUGGAGGCGGUCGAGUACUCGAAGUGCUAGCCAAUGAUCAAGAUUCGGUUUUUGGCACUGGCGUUUCCUUCUAUGGGACAAGAAUGGAUUUAUCUGCAGCUCCAAAUGUCAAGGUUCCGGUUCUGUUUGUAACUGGGGAUAACGACGCUCUUUGUCCCGUUGCCACUCUUAAUGAGUUAGAGAACAUGAUUGGUAACAACUCAAAGGUGGUUGUUUUCAAGGGUAGAGGACAUGGAUUUGUACAUAGACCUCAAUCUCUUGAAGAAGAUGCAGAUGCAGAGGAAGCUUUCAAGAUCAUGAGAAAUUGGUUGCAUGAUCAGUUGUUAGGCUAGGCUCAAUUUGCCUAUUACUAACAUUGUUGUCUAUUGAUAGUAUUAGUAGCAUAAAUCUGUGUUUAAUUAUCAAUGAAACAGUAUCAGUCUUUGUACCUGCUUUCAACUGUAAUACUGUAUUGUGGCGCAAGCAUCAAUGAUGUGCUCAAAACUCCAAAAGAGUGAAACAAAAUGGACAAAUUGACAUCAUAAAUUCAAAGUUCAAAAAAUUUAUGAACA